AUGGGGCUUCCUCCCAGAGGCGGUGCGGCGCAGAGGAGCGGGCGCAUCACAAGCAUCUCGGGCCAGGGGCAACCCAGCAGCUCGGACACGGAAUCGGAUUUCUAUGAAGAAAUCGAGGUGAGCUGCACCCCGGACUGCGCCACGGGCAACGCCGAGUACCAGCACAGCAAAGGGCCGGGCUCGGAGGCGCUGACCGGCAGCGCCAGUGACCAGAUGCGCCGGUACCGCACCGCCUUCACCCGGGAGCAGAUUGCGCGGCUGGAGAAGGAAUUCUACCGGGAGAACUACGUGUCCAGGCCGCGCAGAUGCGAGCUGGCUGCCGCCCUGAACCUGCCAGAAACCACCAUCAAGGUUUGGUUCCAGAACCGGCGCAUGAAGGACAAGCGGCAGCGGCUGGCCAUGACGUGGCCGCACCCGGCCGACCCCAGUGCCUCCACGUCCCGCUCGGACUCCUUCCUCACCUUCGCGCCCUCCGUGCUCAGCAAAGCCUCCUCCGUGGCGCUGGACCAGAGAGAGGAGGUGCCCCUAACCAGAUAAGGGGCUGCCCACGGGCUGCCAGCUCCAGGACGCCCCGUGGGGGGGCCGGGGACUCAGCCAGCACCCCUCCCCGCCCCCUGGGCGCCAAGGGGAAAGAAGGGGCCCGAAAAGCACCACCAGGACUCGGCCUCGUGGAGGAACUCCCGGAAGCGGCCUCGGCCGACCCGUUGGGGCAGCAGGGGUGGGACUGGCAGGAAGAGGCCGAGGACCUGCCUCUGGGGCGCCCCUCUGGGCCCCUCAUCAUCGGA